UGACCCCAAUGGAGUUAUCAGAGCUUUGAUAUGACAAAAUGAGUGAAAAAGCAGUGUCCCAUAUUUACUAGACUAUAAACUAUAUCUGUAUAGAUAAAUAUGAUGUUAAUGACAAACAAAAUUAUACAUUCAUAUUUAAUGGCAACUAUUUUGGAUUAUAAAAGGUCGUGAGCGAUAAUAACGUCAACUUUGAUAAGGAUUACAACAGAAACAAUAUCACGCUGGGGGCCCCGUUGUUGUGCUAGUUUGUGAUGUGUCGAAAAAUAAACUGCGUUAACUUGUGAAUAUAAAAUGCUACGACAUCUUUAUAUUUCUUUAUUGAAACCGGUUGUAGAUGAAAAUGUGGGCUUAUCAAGAAGGUACAGAAGCUCCUUCAGAAGGAUCGAGAAACUGCUCAUAGCAAAUAGAGGAGAAAUAGCAUGUAGAAUAAUAAGAAGCGCUAAACGGUUAGGUAUAAGGACCGUAGCAGUUUACAGCGAUGCUGAUGCUAAAGCUCUGCAUGUCUCUAUGGCAGAUGAAGCCUAUAAUAUAGGACCACCAUCGGCAUCAGAGAGCUACCUCAGAGCCGACAAAAUACUCGAAAUCGCGCAAAAAUCACGAUGUCAAGCAAUCCAUCCAGGUUACGGAUUUUUAUCGGAGAACAUAGAGUUUGCAGAACUUUGUCAAAAGAAAAAUGUAAUCUUUAUCGGACCUCCUGCGAGUGCAAUCAGAGACAUGGGCAUCAAGAGCACUUCCAAAGCUAUAAUGUCCGAUGCCGGAGUUCCAGUAAUCGAAGGAUACCAUGGAGAAGACCAAAAUGUUGAUAAGUUGCUUCAAGAAGCACGAAGAAUAGGUUUCCCUGUCAUGAUAAAAGCUGUUAGAGGAGGGGGUGGAAAGGGAAUGCGUGUAUCAAAUUCAGAAAAUGAUUUUAAAGAUGCACUUGAAUCAGCAAAGACGGAAUCUCAAAAAGCUUUCGGAGACUCGGCGGUGCUUAUAGAAAAGUUCAUUUCUGAGCCGAGGCAUGUUGAAGUACAGGUGUUUUCUGACCACCAUGGAAAUAAUGUCCAUUUGUAUGAAAGGGAUUGCUCAGUACAGAGGAGACAUCAGAAAGUUAUUGAAGAGGCACCGGCUCCCAACAUCUCGGAAAACUUGAGGCAGAAGCUAGGCCUGACUGCAGUGACAGCUGCUAAAGCAGUGGGAUACGUGGGAGCUGGUACCGUUGAAUUCAUCUUGGACAAAAAGACAGAGGAUUUCUAUUUCAUGGAAAUGAAUACUAGACUGCAAGUUGAACAUCCAGUUACUGAAAUGAUAACAGGAUUUGAUCUGGUCGAAUGGCAGAUCAAGGUAGCCCAAGGUGAGAAAUUGCCCAAGGAACAAGAAGAAAUAACUGCUCGCGGACACGCUUUUGAAGCUAGAAUAUAUGCUGAGAGUCCUAAAAGGGGAUUUUUGCCUGGAGCUGGACCACUGCUCCAUCUGACGACGCCCUCCCCUUCAGAAGAUGUCAGAAUUGAAACAGGUACGCAGCAAGGCGAUGAGGUUUCAGUCUAUUAUGACCCAAUGAUAGCCAAGCUAGUUGUAUGGGGCAAAGACAGAUUUGAAGCGUUAUCAAAACUAAAGAGGUCAUUAUUAGACUACAACAUUGCAGGCUUGGAUACGAAUGUGGACUUCAUGAUCUCGCUGGCAGCACAUCCAGAAUUCGUUAAGGGCAACGUUCAUACGAAUUUCAUCAACGAUCAUGGAGACAGUUUAUUGUCGACUCAUCCUCCGACUGAGACCCAAAUUGGCCAAACGGCCUUAGCGUUGGCAUUGAAGUUUAAACAAGAAGAACAUGAAAGAGCAGUGGAGCAGAGAGAUCAAAGUAAUCCGUUUAAUGUUGAAGAUGGUUUCAGAGUGAACUAUAAUAAUGUGAAAGAUAUGAAACUGGAAUCAGAUGGAACAGUGAAUCCAGUGAUCAUGAAACAAGUAGAUAAUGGGAGAUUCAGUAUUUCGUGUGAUGAAGGAAAAUCUUGGAAAACUAUGGAGGGAGUAAUUGUCCAAAGGAACAACAAAUUCAUUUUGGAUUGCAUAAUCGAUGGUUCCAAGUGCAAGUACAACGUGUUCAAGAAUGAUGAUAUCAUAGCCGUUUUCACAGAGGACGGAAAACUAGAAUUUUCUCUCCCAGUCGACGAUUUCUCAGAAACAGAAGACUCGAGCGGCAGUAAAGAAGACAAAGUCGUUUCUCCGAUGCCCGGCGUUUUGGACAAAGUUUUGGUGAAACCGGGAGACGAAGUGAAAGAAGGUGAUGCUCUUUUUGUACUGAUCGCGAUGAAGAUGGAGUACGUUGUCAAAGCGAAUAGAGAUGUAAAGAUUGAAAGCGUGUUUUAUAAACCUGGCGAUAAUGUUGCAAAAGAUGCUGUUAUAGUGAAAUUUGAAGCUGAGAAAGAAAAUGUAUGAAUAUAAUAAAAUGUUUAUUAAAUCAAUUUUUUAUAAGAU